AUUUAAAAUAGAGGUCCAAGAACUGGAUACGAUAUUUUCAGAUGCAGCCUGAUUCACACAAGGUACAACAGAAUCUCCCUCGGUUCAUAAUAUGGUUCCACUAGUACAGCCUACAAUAGCACUAGCAUUUUCAGUGCCCAUGACAAUAUUGACUCACAUAGAAUGUACUAAAAUUUCUGUCUUUUUCAUUCCUUUGUCCCCUUUGUCUGUUUUUAUACAACUAGGUAGCAUCCACACAUAGCUGUCUCACCUGUGCUUUUCCUGUCCUCCCUCCUCAAGCAGGCCGCAGAUGGUGGACCUAAGGAAUGGGAGCACAGUGACAGAGUUUAUCCUCGUGGGCUUCGAGCAGAGCUCCUCUUCCACUCGGGCAUUGCUCUUUGCCCUCUUCCUAGCCCUCUACAGCCUUGCCAUGGCCAUGAAUGGCCUCAUCAUCUUCAUCACCUGGACAGACCCCAGACUCAACAGCCCCAUGUACUUCUUCCUUGGCCAUCUGUCCUUCCUGGAUGUCUGCUUCAUCACCACCACCAUCCCACAGAUGCUAAUCCACCUGGUGGUCAAGAACCACACUGUCUCCUUUGCCUCCUGCUUGACCCAGAUGUACCUGGUUUUUGGUGUAGGUGUGGCCGAGUGCAUCCUCUUGGCUUUUAUGGCCUAUGACCGUUAUGUUGCUAUCUGCCACCCACUCAGCUAUGCACAGAUCAUGAGCCGGCAGGUCUGUGUGAGGCUGGUGAGUACUGCCUGGUUCUUUGGGCUAAUCAAUGGUAUUCUGCUUGAUUAUAUGACAUUUCGUGGUCCAUUCUGUAGAGACAACCACAUAGAAAACUUCUUCUGUGAGGCCCCCAUAGUGAUUGCCCUCUCUUGUGGAGACCCCCAGUUUAGCCUGAAAAUGAUCUUUGCCGAUGCCAUCGUGGUGCUGCUCAGCCCCAUGGUGCUCAUUGUUAUCUCCUACGCCCGCAUCCUGGCCUCCAUCCUUGGCAGAACCUCCCCCUCAGGUCGGGGGAAGACCUUCUCUACUUGUGCCUCCCAUCUGACUGUGGUCAUCUUUUUCUAUACCUCAGCCAUGUUCUCUUACAUGAAUCCUCGCAGCACACACGGCCCUGACAAAGACAAGCCUUUCUCCCUUCUCUACACCAUCAUCACCCCCAUGUGCAACCCCAUCAUCUAUAGUUUUCGAAACAAGGAAAUGAAGGGGGCCAUGGUGAGGGCCCUUGGGAGGACCAGCCUGGCCCAGGCAGAAUCUAUCUAGUGGGAAGACUCCUGGAAGAGAAGUCCCCCGCCACCACCCAAGUCUUGACAAGUGGGCAACUCUCCAAUGCUGAGAGCCUCCAGGAAAGAGCAUUCAUAGCUUUCUUUCUACUAGCAUCAGCCCUGGAAGAUCCUGUUGAUGUCUAAUGCUCAUCUGUCUGAUUUCACUUCCAGUAUAGAUUGAUCUUUCCAAAUUUCUCUUACUGAUACAUGUUCAUGAUUGGAGGGGCGAGUAAAAUGAAAUGGAAAAGUUUAUUCCAAAUUUGGGGGAAAGGUAGUAAGCUCCUCAAGAGAAAGACAGUAAGAGGAUGACCAUUCCAUUCUUUGGAGCAUUUCUUUCUAGGGCAAAGGCAAUUAGCAGGAGCCCCAGCUUUGGGAAAAGAACAGACUGAGAGCCAUGAGGGAAACAAAGGGAUGUAUAUAAGUUUGGGAAAAAGCAAUGGGUGAGAGAAAUGUGUUAAGGGGUAUGUAAUAUUAUCCCUAUAUGGUGGCUACAAAAUUCUCCAAGAAAGUUCCCAGAAAAAGUAAGAACUGAUGAAUAGGAUUGUAUUACUCCUCCAAGGAAACAAGAGGAGGAGCUAUAUGCCAAAUACAUGUGAAUUAUUAAUGGAGAGGUGGAAGGGCAGAGGCAAGAACAGGAAGUCUGAGGGGUGCAUCCACAUCCCCAGAUUGUAAACUGGGAGUGGGAGCUAUAGAAUGAAAUCUUGUAGGGUCAGGGAAGCUUCCAGUGACAUCUGCAUUUUAUAAGAAUAUAAAAAGAGCACUUUAAGUUAUUUGUGUAUUUGUUCACUUUCGCUGGAAAAAUUUUGUGCCCUGCCUGGACGCAUGUUUUUCAAUUUAAAUAUUUCCCUUUUGUUCUUGAA